UUUGAAUGGAGCCUGAGGGGUGUAUAUCGCUGUCAAAACUCGCGGCAAAAUCCCAACCACUUCCUGAAUCAGUCACGUGGUACAGCCGGGCAGCGAGGCUUCGGACGUCAUCAUUUUCAGCUCCUCACCUAAAUGACGCAAGCCUUGAUGCGCGCAUCGCAGAAACGCCCCCUCCCCUACUCGGCACACGCUUCGAAGCCUCGAUACGGAACGUCACGUCACAUGACAUCACUAGUGGAGAUGGACCGGGGUUGAGGAGGUCCGUGGUCCGGAGAAGCGACAGAGGCGAGGAGGCUGAGACGAUGGGGGACAAGACUGGAACGGUAGGGCGACAAAAACGGGCUUUUGUGUGCUUGGAGUGAACCUGUAUGUGUCAUGGGUGGUCCACUUUAGUUCUGUCCCACCCAACUAUAAACUGAAGUGUUGGCGGGGGAAGGUUAUAUGCAGAAAGACGGACAAAGACAAAGUUUGCAACAAACACUGGGGACCAGAGGUUCAGACUAUCUACGCAGGAGGAAACAAACAAAGAAAAGGACAUAGAAGAUAGAGCAGGACACGCAAGACAAUCCUUAAGGUAAUGUAUAGCUUCUGCAGACACCCUUUUUUGACUGACAUGCGUGGAGUAUUUAGGAUAAUAACACAGACCUUUCAGCAGUAGGAUGGUGUCUGUCACUUGGGAAGGUGGCAUUUGUUACGAGGCUCUUACCAGAGUACAAGACCAUGCCCAAAUAAGGCCUGAGGGGAGGCCAUUUAAAGUUAGAGAUAACAUGUGCAUGGCCAUUUGCUACAGGACACCCAGGUCAGCAGGACUCUGAUUAGCAAGAAUGAUGGGAGACCCAAUUCAAUUAAAAGACGAGGGAAACAAAUACUUCCAGGCUGGAGAUAUUGAUAAGGCCACUGAGUGCUACACUAACGCCAUCAAAGUGUGCAAGGACAAAAAGGUGCUGGCUGUCAUUUACAGAAACAGAUCAGCAUGCUACCUAAAAAAGGAAAGCUAUGCCAAUGCAGCAUCUGAUGCAACUAAAGCAAUUGAUGCUGAUGCAGCAGACAUUAAAGCCUUGUACAGGCGCUGCCAAGCUCUGGAGAAGCUAGGAAAACUGGACAUGGCUUUUAAGGAUGUGCAAAGGUGUGCUACCCUCGAACCAAAAAACAAGACCUUCUUGGAGACUCUCCGCAGGCUGGGGUCAGAGAUCCAGGCCAAGCUCAAAACAACAUUCUCCACAGAUUCAAGAGUACAGAACAUGUUUGACAUUCUCCUCAAUGAAGAAAUAGAAAAGGACAAGAGGGAAAAAGCUGCUAACAACCUGAUUGUGCUGUCGAGAGAAGACGCUGGGGCAGAGAGAAUCUUCCAGAACAAUGGAGUGCCUCUGCUGCUCAACAUGAUAGAGACAGGAAAACCAGAGAUGAUGCUAGCUGCUGUUCGUACGUUGUCGGGAAUGUGCACAGGACACAAAGCACGGGCCAUGGCCAUUGUUCACAUGGUUGGUGUUGAUAAGAUGUGCAGCAUCAUGGCUAUUGACAAUGAGGAGAUUGCACUGGCAACCUGCAACCUCUUCCAGUGCAUCAACGACUCCCUCACUGGUGAAGAUACAAGGGAAUAUGGGAAAGAAGAGGCACUGGUUUUGGAUGCCUCUAAGGACCUGAAAACCAUUCUUCUCUCUCUGCUGGAGAUGGUUGCUAAUAAGAAGGUGUCUGGCCAUGGCAGAGACCAGGCGCUGAACCUCCUGACCAAAAAUGUACCUCGCAAAGACAAGAAAAGCAAUGACAACACCAGGUGUCUCUUCACUAUUGAUCAUGGUCUGAAGAAGAUCCUCAAGGUGUGUGGUCAGGUUCCUGAGCUGCCAGACCAGCUACCCUUGACAGACAACACACAGCUGAUUGCCAGCGUGCUCCUCAACAAGCUUUAUGAUGACCUCAAAUGUGACCCAGAGAGAAACAACUUCAGGGAUACUUGUAGCGAAUAUGUCAAAUCCAAAAUUGACCCCAACAACAUGGACAAGAACAUUCAUGCUAUCAACACAAUCUCAGGGCUGCUCCAAGGUCCAUUUGAUGUUGGAAACGCCGUGGUUGGACAGCAAGGCAUCAUGGAGAUGAUGGUAGCGCUGUGUGGCUCGGAACGUGAGGUGGACCAGAUGGUUGCAGUGGAGGCGCUCAUUCAUGCCUCCACAAAGAUGAGCCGUGCCACCUUCUUUGUCACCAAUGGGGUGUCACUGCUCAAGGACAUCUACAAGACCACCAAGAAUGAGAAGAUUAAGAUACGUGCACUGGUGGGUCUCUGUAAACUGGGUUCAGCUGGAGGUGAUGAUUAUGGCUUAAGGCAGUUUGCUGAGGGCUCCACAGAGAAGCUAGCCAAGCAGUGCAGAAAGUGGCUCUGUAAUCCUCAGAUUGAUGCCAAAACAAGAAAGUGGGCCAUCGAGGGUCUUGCUUAUCUAACUAAUGAUGCUGAUGUGAAAGAUGACUUUGUUGAGGAUGAACUUGCCCUGAAAGCCAUGUUUGAACUAGCCAAGUCUAAGGAUAAGACAAUCUUAUAUGCGGUAGCUUGCACCCUGGUUAACUGCACCAACAGCUAUGAUAAGAAAGAAAUCCUCCCUGAGCUGGUUCAGCUGGCCAAGUUCUCAAAGCAACAUGUGCCUGAGCAACACCCAAAGGACAAGAAGGAUUUCAUUGAGAAGAGAGUGAUGAGGCUGCUGAAGGCUGGAGUCACAUCAGCUCUUGCUGUCAUGGUUAAAGCAGACAGCUCUAUUCUGACUGACCAGACCAAGGAGAUGUUGGCAAGGGUUUUCUUUGCAUUGUCAGACAAUCCCAGAGAUCGUGGUACAAUUGUAGCCCAAGGUGGAGGAAAGGCUUUGAUACCACUUGCACUAGAAGGCACAGAUGCUGGGAAGGUGAAGGCCAGCCACGCCCUUGCCAAGAUAGCAGCUAUUUCUAACCCAGAACUUGCCUUCCCGGGUGAGAGGGUGUAUGAGGUGGUGCGGCCUUUAAUUAGCCUCCUUAACACAGAGAGAGAUGGACUACAGAACUAUGAAGCUCUGAGAGGCCUCACCAACUUUGCUGCUUACAGUGAAAAGCUAAGAGUAAAGAUUGUGAAAGAGAAGGCUCUGCCAGAGAUUGAGAACUACAUGUUUGAGGAGCAUGACCAGAUCAGACAGGCUGCAACCGAAUGCAUGUGCAACCUUGUGACAUGUAAAGAGGUCCAAGAUCGUUACCUGGAGGAUGGAAAUGAUAAGCUGAAGCUGCUGGUGCUGCUGUGUGGCGAGGAUGAUGAGACUCUUCAGAUGGCUGCAGCUGGAGCUCUGGCCAUGCUCACUGCCGCUCAGAAGAAGCUCUGCACCAAAAUGACCCGGGUGACCGUCCAGUGGCUUGAGAUCCUGCAGAGGUUAUGUCUCCAUACCAACCCGAGCAUCCAGCACCGUGGCAUUGUGAUUGUCUACAACAUGCUCAACUCAGAUGACAGCGAGCUGGCCAAGAAGCUGAUCGAGAGUGAGAUGUUGGAAAUUCUCUCCGUCAUUGGAAAGGCAGAAGACAAUCCUAAGAGGCAGGAGGCUAUCGAUGCUGCACGCAUGUGCCUGGUCAAAGCUAUGGAUCUUGGUCUCAUCAAACCGCUCACCAGCCCUUCAUAAAAUGCUGGAAACAAACCGAACAACAGCAAUGGACAUUCUUCUUUAUUUCAUCUGUUAAACAAACUUUUUUCCAAAUGCUUUUUCCAUGUCAAAGAUAUUAAAAGAUUCAUUACCUUGUCUUGAAA